CUUGCUGUGAUUGAAAAAUAUUUAAACCCUUAAUUGAAAUCUUUGCAUUUGAAGCUAAGACAAAAUCUCGGAUUUAUCGGUUAUAGCUCUCGAUGUGGUACAAUUUUGGUCGCGUUGCUGUGAUUCUGAUUUUAUGUGUUCCAAUUUCUGCAUUCCCCAUUCUAUUGUUUAGAUCAGCAUAGUCGGUAAAAUAUGGCCACCAUGGGGAUAGUGACCAAACAGCAUCUGCUAACCUACAUGUAUCUUCUAGUUUACAUUACACUUUCAUCAGGGGUUAUUCUUUACAACAAGUGGGUCCUCUCUACAUUAUAUUUUAAUUUUCCAUUUCCAAUAACACUCACUAUGAUCCAUAUGGCUUUUUCUGGUGGUCUGGCCUUUUUGCUUGUCCGUGUUUUUAAGGUUGUGUCACCAAUUAAAAUGACCUUCAAUAUAUAUGCGACUUGUGUGGUCCCAAUAAGUGCCUUCUUUUCCGCUAGUCUGUGGUUUGGGAAUACUGCUUAUCUGUUCAUUUCUGUGGCCUUCAUCCAGAUGCUUAAGGCCCUCAUGCCAGUGGCAACAUUUCUCGUGGCUGUAACUUGUGGAACUGAGAAAUUGAGGUGUGAUGUAUUCUGGAACAUGGUGCUGGUCAGUGUUGGAGUUGUCAUUUCCUCCUAUGGAGAAAUUCAAUUUAAUGUGCUCGGCACAGUUUAUCAGGUCACAGGAAUUGUUGCUGAAGCUUUGAGGCUGGUAUUAACUCAAGUUCUUCUUCAGAAAAAGGGCUUGACACUAAACCCUAUUACCAGCUUGUAUUACAUAGCACCCUGCAGCUUUGUAUUUCUUUUCAUCCCGUGGUACAUCCUUGAGAAGCCUGAGAUGGAAGAUCCACAUAUGCAGUUUAACUUCUGGAUAUUUUUCUCAAAUGCUGUUUGUGCUUUCGCAUUGAAUCUUUCCACAUUCUUAGUGAUUGGUAGGACUGGGGCAGUAACUAUUAGGGUGGCUGGUGUUUUGAAAGACUGGUUACUUAUCACUCUUUCAACUGUCUUAUUUCCUGAAUCAAAGAUUACCGGGCUUAAUAUUAUUGGCUACGCUAUUGCUUUAAUUGGUGUCGUUAUGUACAACUACCUUAAGGUCAGAGAUGUUCGCACGUCUCAACUUCAAAGUUCCCAAGAUGGAUCAACAAAGGAGCUGCAGACAGAGAAAAAAACAGUUGUUGACAUGGACAACAGAGAGGAGACUUUAUGGAAUGAUUCAGUUUCUGAUACUAAUUUUGAUGAAGAAGCACCUUUAAUGGCUUCGUCACGAACAUCUCAUCUUGGAAUUGGACGAAAACCAGCAUAGCGGCAAUCUAGCUUAGAUGCUGUAAAGAACAUCUCAUAUUGGAAGAAAGCCAGCUUAGCAGCAACCUAGCAUUAGAGAUUGAGCUUACAGGGGAGGAACCAAAUCAAAGUAUGCCUUAAACUUUCUUCCCAAGAAAGAACUCAAACGCCACCUUCCAAAAGAAGAGGGAAAAACUAAAGGAGAAAGAAAACAGAACGGAGGAAACACGCAUUCUUUUAGUUGGUAAGUUUCAUGUUUAAAAUAUAACCAGUAGUAAAUCAUUCUUGUAUAGGGGCUUGACUUGAACAUGCGAUGGAGGUUCUGUUUCUUCCAAAUGGACCUCUAUUAACUGAAAGACUAUUCUUGAGCUACCACCUGUCUAUGCUAAUUUUAGUUAAAAUUUGAAAAUUGGAUGGUUUAACA